AUGUGGCGCACAGGAUCCACCACCGUCACGGUGGUGAACAUUUUCCGAGUCUUCCGGGCCCCAAAGCCAGAUGGCCGGAUGGCCGCAGUGCCGCAGGCUGUGGGCUUCAAACAUUCCAUUAAUUCGCUUCUGGUGGUGGCCAUUUACAUUGGUGGCCGAUUUCGCUCGGUGGGCGUGGGUUAUCUGACCUUGAGCGAAUGCUUGUUGGGUGGCAUCGAGUGGGGCCCCGAGCUGGUGGAUCAACUGCUCCGGCAGGAGAUGGUCUUUGCAGGCCCAGACGCAAGGGAUAUGGUUUGUCCAAAGAUGGGGUGCCUGGUCCUCUUGGGCUUUCUGAUCGUGGGAUCCUUGUUAUGGCUGAACACCGUGGCUGGCAUCUUCAUGCAGCAGGUGGAUCGUUCUUUUGAAGUGACGAACGUGCACCAGUUCAAGGAUCCAGAGUUUAUGGCUGCUACAAAGGAGAUCCUUCGCGAGUUUGUGCUUGAUCUGCAAGAUUUGGACCAAGACAAUAGCCAGUCGUUGAACUGGCGUCAGAUCUCCUUGGUAGUGACGCACCAUUUGGAACUCCUAUCGGAUCUUGGAAUACGCAGCAUGGCUAAAGCAAGGUGCUCAAGCUCCAAAUCAAAUGGCUAUUCGAUGCUAUUCAGAUAUCGAAAUCAUACUGUAAGGAUCAUCAGGAUUCAUGCUCUUCCAGAUUUCGGCCAGUAA